UCACAAGUGUCAGACAUGGUAGAGCCAUUGAGGGAAGUGAGAGAUGGGUAUUUGAUAUCUCUUAGUUUAGGGACACCCCCACAAGUCACUCAAGUAUAUAUGGAUACUGGGAGUGACCUAACAUGGGUUCCUUGUGGCAAUCUUUCUUUUGUUUGCAUAGAUUGUGAUGACUAUAGGAACAACAACCUAAUGCCCACUUUCUCCCCUUCAGCUUCUUCUUCGUCUCUUAGAGACCUUUGUGGUAGCUCCUUUUGCAUUGACAUCCAUAGCUCAGAUAACUCUAUCGAUCCAUGCACCAUUGUUGGAUGCUCGCUUGCUACCCUUCUUAGGGACACAUGUCCUAGACCAUGCCCUUCAUUUGCUUACACUUAUGGCGCAGGUGGGGUUGUCCAAGGGACACUUAGUAGAGACACACUAAGGGUUCAUGGAAUUAGUACUACCCCCAACAAUAUUGUCACUAUGGAAAUUCCCAAGUUUUGUUUUGGGUGCAUCGGGUCUACCUAUAGAGAGCCUAUUGGGAUUGCAGGGUUUGGUAGGGGAGCGCUUUCCCUCCCAUCCCAGUUAGGGUUUCUACAUAAGGGCUUCUCUCAUUGCUUCUUGGCUUUCAAGUAUGCAAACAACCCUAAUGUUUCAAGUCCACUAGUUGUAGGAGAUGUUGCUAUUUCUUCCAAAGAAAACUUGCAAUUCACUCCAAUGUUGAAGAGUCCCAUGUACCCUAACAACUACUACAUUGGUAUAGAGGCCAUCACAAUAGGUAAUGCCAGUGCAGUAACACAAGUGCCCUCAAGCUUGAGAGAAUUUGAUUCACAAGGAAAUGGGGGUUUGCUGAUUGACUCAGGAACCACUUACACUCAUUUUCCUGAGCCAUUAUACUCCAAUCUUCUCUCCGUUCUCGAGUCGGUGAUUUCGUAUCCUAGAGCCAAGGAAAUGGAGACAAAGACCUCUUUUGAUCUUUGUUAUUUAGUCCCAUACACAAUGAAUAAUACUAUCACAAAUCAGGAUGACCUACAAUUUCCUCCAAUAACUUUCCACUUCUUGAAUAAUGUGAGUCUUGCUUUGCCCCAAGGAAAUCACUUCUAUGCCAUGGGAGCUCCAGUAAACUCGAGUGUGGUGAAAUGCUUGUUGUUCCAAACAAUGGAUGAUGGAGAUUACGGGCCAGCCGGGGUUUUCGGUAGCUUCCAGCAGCAAAAUGUGGAGGUUGUGUAUGACUUGGCGAAAGAGAGAAUUGGGUUUCAGGCAAUGGAUUGUGCUUCAGCUGCAGCCUCUCAAGGACUUCACAGAAACUAA